CCCACGGUUUCUUCUCUGCGCCUGUGAAAAGGAAUGAUGGCUCUGCUGGUCGUCCCGCUGCUCCUGCAAACGGGGCUCGUUUUGGGAUCAAACUACGGAUACGUUGAGUGGUCGGAUAAUGACAAAGACGAGAAGAAUCCUCAGGUCUUCAGCACCCAAAACAUCAACAAGGAGCUACACCAUCACCCGACCUAUUACUCCGUACCAUCCACCGAGCGCACGGUGGUAGCGCACAAAAUUGAGGAGGACCUGCCGAGGGUGGUCACGGCUUUCCUGCACACCGGCGACUCUUCGGCGUUGAGGCAGGUCAACUGCUCCCGGAGGUACGAGCUGAGCAGUCUGCGGGGCGGCCUGCACGUCGCAUCCCAUUAUUCCCUCCACAGCAUCCUGGACACUGUAGCGCACGCCACAAACUUCCUGAAUAUGAUCAUGCAGGCCAACAGGUCUAGGGAGCAAACCCUACGGAGGGACAUCCACUGGUACCACGCGCUGGUUCAGAGCAUCCUCGAGGGGGACCCCAAAAUCCACAGGGCUGUGGUGACCUUCCACAUGGACGCGCCGACGCCGGGCCCCCACGUCUUUCUCCAGGCGACGAGAACCGAGAAGGAGGAGGUGGUGCUGAGGGACCUGUCCAGCUCUGCGCACCGUCACCUGAACAGCAGGACCCCGGAGUCCGAGUGGUUUAAUGAGUUCAGGGACGGGAGGAGACCACACGUGCACAGAAGAGUCCCGGACGCACUGGGCACCAAGACUGAAAGUUACAUUCUGGACAAAAACCAGAUCAAGUGGUCGGCGCCCUACCUGGAGUGUGAACAUGGGGCGUUUGUGCCCUAUUGGCUGCUCACCUUGUCUGCUGGCUUCUAUGGACUGAAGAGCAACUCUGCCCCUGAGUUCAGGGGGGUCGUCCGUGUGGAUGUCAAUCUGCAGGAUGUUGACAUCGACCAGUGUUCCAACAGUGGAUGGUUUGCUGGGACUCACCGCUGUAACCUCACCAGUAUGGAGUGCACUCCCAUCGUGGGCCACGGAUUUGUGUUGGACAAGUACAAAUGCCAAUGCAAGAGAGGAUUUUACCAUCCGAGCCGAGUGGCGCUCAAUGGCUUUAAAAGUAAGGAGCACAGCUCUCAUAGAGAUGAGACAUCUGACAUUUCCAGCAAGUGCCUGCCAUGCCGUGAGGGCUGCCCCUACUGCCGGGAUGAAACACCCUGCCUAAUCCAGGAAGAUGGCGCUCUGCGACUCGCUGUGGCCUCCUUCCAGGGUCUGUGCAUGGUGCUGGACCUGGCCAGCAUGGUGGUGGUCUACCACUUCAGGAGAAAAAAGAGCAUCCGCACAUCUGGUCUCAUUCUGCUGGAAACCAUCUUGUUUGGGGCUUUACUGCUCUACUUCCCAGUGAUGAUCCUGUACUUCAAUCCCAGUGUGUUUCGCUGUAUUCUCCUGAGGUGGGUUCGUCUCCUGGGUUUUGCUGUCAUGUACGGCACCGUCAUCCUGAAGCUGUACAGGGUGUUAAAGGUGUUCCUGUCCCGCACGGCCCAAAGGACACCUUAUAUGACCAGCUGGCGGGUCCUGCGGCUGCUGCUGGUGAUUCUGCUGGUGGUGCUGUGGUUCCUGGUGGCCUGGACCUCCGCUGUGUGCCAGAACCCCGAGCUGAGUCGGGCUCUGAUAUCAGCAGGCCUCACUCCAGAGGGCCUGCAGUUCAGCAUGUGUUUGCUGGACCGAUGGGACUAUAUGAUGGCUGUUGCGGAGUUCCUGUUCCUGCUGUGGGGCGUGUACCUGUGCUAUGCCAUCCGCACCGUACCCUCAGCUUUCCAUGAGCCACGUUACAUGGCUGUGGCCAUCUACAAUGAGCUCCUUCUAUCAGCCAUCUUCCACAUCAUCAGGUUCUCUCUGGUGCCCGGGCUGCACCCUGACUGGAUGCUCAUGUUGUUCUUCGUUCACACUCAUCUGACUGUGACUGUGAGUCUGGGCCUGCUGCUUGUCCCAAAGUUUCUGUCCAAAGGGACUCAGGCCAGGGAUGAUAUCGCCACCGAGGCCUAUGAGGAGGAGCUGGACAUGGGAAGAUCUGGCUCUUACCUCAACAACAGCAUUACUUCGGCCUGGAGCGAGCACAGCUUGGACCCUGAGGAUAUACGGGAUGAACUGAAAAAGCUGUAUGCCCAGCUGGAAGUCUACAAACGCAAGAAGAUGCUAGCCAAUAACCCUCACCUCCAAAAGAAGCGCAACUCCAAGAAAGGCUUGGGUCGCUCCCUGAUGAAACGAAUUACAGAGAUCCCAGAAACCAUGCAUAUCCACCGCCAGUGUAGUCGUGAAGACGGCAGUGAACAUGGCAGCAACCGCAGUACCUUAAGGAGAAACCCAUUUGAGCCGAGCCAUCAUGGCAAAUCUCGGGAUGACUCCCUGAAGAACAAAGUCAUGGGCUUGAAGAAGUCCCACAGCUAUGACCAUGUUUGUGACCAAGAUGAAACUGGAAGCCAAACUGGCUCGACAGCAGGAGACAAAAUGACUCCUGUUGGAGGAGGUGGGGAAGGAUCUCUUCUGGGUUCCCUCAUUAGCCGAAAACAUUCCAAGAAACAGCUGGAACCAGCUGCGACCCCUCCGAGACUGGAACCAGCUGAGUCCACUGAGUCUGUUCCACUCUUCUGGAAAUCAGCCAGCGCUCACAAUUUAACACAUGAAAAGAAACCUGUCCACCUGCGGACCUCCAUCAUGCAGAAGUCUCUAAGCGUAAUUGCCAGUGCCAAGGAAAAGAUGCCGGGGCUCACCAACAAGACACAAAGCGUGGAGGAUGCCAGUAAGAAGGGUCUGAAAGGACAGGAGGGGAGGAUGCUGUCAGGUGUGGAUGAAACACCUGAGCAUUAUCCCAAGAUGAUCAUCAGCCAGUCAGUGGAGUAUUCCAAGACACCUAUGAAGAUGGGGAUCAUGAAACAACAGGUGAGUGGCAGCCAGCCAUCCAUUUGCUCCGAGACAGGGAGGAACCUCUACGAUGUGUCCGAGGUUUGUCCCUGGGAUCUGGAAGAACCUCAGACCCCCUCUGAGGCAAAGACCCAGAAGCACGUUUCCAUCGCUCCUGGAGAAACCACUGCAGGCCGGAGAGGCAGUAGCUCUGGAAACACCAAAGGUAGCCGGUCCCAGCAGAGGCAGAAAGCAGGGCAGUCUCCUUCCAACAGACGCCGCUCCAAAGACAAAGGAGGAGAUGAGGGCAGGGAAACACGUAAAUCUCGCCCACCCAGGUCACCCCUGCCUCUCAAACCGGACGUGUGCCCCUGGGAGUUCGAUGAGCAACCCAUGCUGGGAGGAGACUCAGAUUCCAUCUCCCCAGACAGGAUCAGGCGUAAAAAGAGCGUCACACCCACUGAUGGAAAACCCAAGGCACUCCACUCAGACCACUCCAAGUCCACAGGCAGCCUUUUGCAGCCUCCCUCCCUGAUGGUAGAGAUCUGCCCGUGGGAUUACGCCAGCCCACCCUCGCCUAAGCAGGAGAAGACCUGCAACAGCCCCACCACACACAAGAAGAAACGGAAAGGCUCCUGCUCAUCCAACCACAAGGUGGAGAGGGAGAAAGCAAGGGAGAAAAGCAGAGAAAGGCGGAGCUCCUCCAGCAAACCGCCAUCAGAGAGGAGACGCAUUAGUCAGUCGUCGGAGUGCGGCGGGUCGGUUUCUGAGCGGCGGAGGAGCUCCAGCAGAGACCCAGAGGUGAUGGAGGUCAAGAGGUCGGAGGUUUUCUCCCGGGAGGCCGAGCCCUCACACACCAGCUUUGGUCAGACUAAACCUUCACCAGACAGGAAGAAAGAGAGCUCUUUGAGUUCUAGUCACAAACCUCCAGUCAUCAGCGGUGCACAAAUGGUUGAUGUUUGUCCCUGGGACUUUCAAGAGCCAGACUCCGAGGAGAGGGCGUGA